AUGGACAUGGACAACGAGAAAGCAGGUACACCGUCCACUCUGGACCAGAAGGUCGCCACUGAGACGACUACUCCACUCACAGCACCACCGCCUCUCCAAGACGGCGGCACUCGAGCAUGGCUUCAAGUCUUGGGCUCAUUUCUGGUCUUUGCAAACCUAUGGGGCUUCACUUUCGCCUUCGGAUCUUUCCAAUCCUACUACGAACUCACUUACCUCCCCGGAACUUCAGCAUCGGCCAUCUCAUGGAUCGGAACGGUGACGGUCUUUCUCCUCAUUUGCAUUGGCAUCAUCUCAGGCCCGCUGUUUGACCUCGGAUAUUUCAAGACGAUGCUGCUGGCGGGCGCCUUCAUGGAGACGCUAAGCGUGAUGCUGAUGAGCGUAUGCGACAAGUAUUGGCACUUCAUGCUGGCACAAGGUGUCUUGCAGGGCUUGGGAAAUGGACUGCUCUACCUUCCAGGCCUGGCAUUGGUUGGAAGGUCCUUCAAGAAGAACCGAGCCAUUGCCAUGGGCGUCACGACAUGCGGUGCUCCAGUCGGUGGAGUAAUCUACACUCUCGUCUUCGAACAGCUCAUUUCCAAGACAUCUUUCGGCUGGACAGUGCGGAUUAUGGGCUUCGUCAUGCUGGGCUCCUACUUGAUGUCCUUUCCACUCCUUCUCUGGGGAGCGAAGAACAUCGGCGACCUGGCAUCCGGCGCGCCACGAAAACUCUUCGACCGAACGGCGCUCACGAACGCACCUUUCUGGGCCUACUCAACCAGCAACUUCCUCAUCUUUUGCGGAUACAUGAUCCCGUUCUACUUCAUCCCAUCCUACGGCGAACUAGUCCUGGGGAUCAGUCGCAGCCUCUCCCUAUACGUGGCCAUGAUCGCCCAAGCAAGCAGCAUCCUCAGCCGUCUGAUUGCGGGAUACUCGGCUUCAAGAAUCGGCGUCCUCAUCCCCUGGAUCAUCUGCGCAGCAUGCAGUGGCGCAGUCUCUAUCGCCUGGAUAGGAGCUCACAGUCUCGGCUCCUUCAUCGCUAUCGCAGCACUCUACGGCUGUUUCAGCGGCGCUUUGAUCCCGCUACCGCCGAGCGUGUUUCCGGUUGUAUGUCCAGAUCCCAAGGUUUUUGGAACGAGAUUGGGCAUGGCGCAGGCGAUUGGGUCUGUGGCGAGUUUGAUAGGUGCGCCUAUUGGUGCGGCUUUGGCAGCAGUGUCGAGCCAUGGUGGCGACACGAACUACCUUGGCUUGCAGCUCUUUGGUGGGCUGAUCAUGUUGGGAGGAGCGUGUAAUCUGGCAUUACUUUGGUGGGUAUUGGCCAGAAGAAGAGAGGCGGGCUCGUCUGUGUUGAUAUAG